GGUGUCCUGGAAGUGCCCGGGAUGGCAAUCCGGGCGGGUAUUGCUAAGAUCUCGACCUUGCUUUCAGUCCUUGUCUUCGCAAGUGCCAAUUUGAUCCAGUUUGGGAAGAUAAUCCAACACUUAACAGGAAGGCCCCCGCUGAUUUACAAUGGGUACGGCUGCUACUGCGGACUAGGAGGCUCCAAGCAGCCGAUGGACGCCACGGACUGGUGCUGCCGGGCCCACGACUGCUGCUACCAGGCCGUGAAGCAGCGCCACUGCAAGCCCAAAACGGAGAAGUAUUCGUACUCCGUCGAGAAGAGCACCGUCGUCUGUGGUGGGAAGACCGACUGCCAGAGGCAGACUUGCGAGUGUGACAAAGCCGCGGCCCUCUGCUUCCGCAGUGCCCCUUUUCACCGCAGACUCGUCAGCUACCCAAAUGUCUUGUGCAGAGGCCGCACCCCGCCCUGCCAGGAUCUCCACCAAAGCUGCACUCCUCCGUCCGCUUCCUGAUUCCACCCCUUCUGAUUUCGUGGUCCCAGCUGGCCACGGUGUUCCACCAAAAUCGCCCCAUCCCUGUAUUCUCUGAGCCUCAGAACCGUGCCUUCCUGCGCAAUAAAGGACGCUCUCCAAGCCUUCUCUUCUUUUUAUAAUGUCUGUAUAGAUAUGUCCUUGUGGAGUUGCGUAGCCUCCGGGAGGCUGGGAACGCAAAGCACCGUCUGCCCCUUGCACAGGGGUGAGGAAAGCUCUUCGCCCUGGCCCUCUCCUCGACUGCCAGGGGACGAAGGGUGUUCCUCAGAGGAGAGCUGGCAUAGCACAGGAUUGGC